AUGUACAUCACCCUCUACUACAUAGUCACCCGGCUCCCUGACUCCCUUCGCUCGGUCAAGGACCACUUCCUCUCUGUUUGCCCCAUCACACUCACCGUUGACCUCCUCGAGGAGCGCCUCCUGGCAGCUGAGAAGAGUAUAGUCGUUGUAGGAGCCUCUCAAGGUGACCCUCGUGCCCCUGUCUUUGAGGGGUGCUCCCCCUCCCUCCUUUUGCCCUCUCUUGCCUCUGCUGCUGCCGUCGACUUCGUUGGCACCGAGUCGGUCGGCGCUGCGUCUGCCCCUAGCGGGCGACGCUGCACCGGCAAGGGCAAGGGGGGCAAGGGCGCUAGAGGGGCUGGCGGGGGCGGUGGAGCGGGGUGGGGGUACUGGUCCUUGUACCUACGUCUUGCGUACCGGCGACCGUACGGUGAGCAGUGCGGGGACCCGCACCCCACCCAGCGCUGCUUCGGCCGCCUGACGGACGCCUGGUGUCUCCAGUUCCCUGACGCCACUGAGAUCCCUUGCUGGGGAGAACUGCAGAGGUCGGGGGUUGCUAUCUUUGAUCUUGAUUAUGAUGCUAUUCUUGCUGCCAUGUAUGCUGUGUCUACUAGUGAUGAGGGUGACUGUUACCUGUGUGUUCCGCCUGACCCGGGCAUUGAGGCUGCUGCUCUAGGUGCUGGUGAGGCUGCUGCUCUAGGUGCUAGUGCGUCUGCUGCCCCAAGUGCUGGUGAGUCUGCUCUCUCAGGUACCACGUCGGCUCAGGCCUUACACACCUUCACCCUUGACUCGGGUGCUUCUCGCUCCUUCUUUCGAGACCGCACCACGCUUACGCCGCUUAGUCGGCCGGUUGCGGUCUCCCUGGCGGACCCCUCUAGGGGUCCUGUCCUUGCCCACAUCUCCACUUUCUUUCCGUGUCCGGCAGCCCCCUCUGGCACCCUACUCUCCUCUGGCACCACCGCCUUGGUCACCCCUCCCUGCCUCGUCUCAGAGGCAUGGCCUCCCGUGUCCUUGUCUCUGGUAGCCAUGGACGCAGAGAUGCCUCCCUCCACGUGA